AUGAGGCAGCGGGGGCAGCCGACAAGCACCAUGGACGUCGCCUCAGGGCUCCGGCUCGAGCACCUCCCCUGCUCCGUCUCCGACGACACGCACGAGCUCGGCGGCGACGAGGAAGAGGACGAUGAGGAAGAAGAAGAGGAAGACGAGGAGUGGUUGGGGGAGGUGAUGUGGGCGCGGUUGUGGCCGACGGCGGCGCCACCACCGCCGCCGACGCUCCCCACGGUGGCGCCGGAGGAGCCCCCCCGCCGGAUCGACAGGUUCAGCCGCAGGUCCACCCUCGCGCUCUUCCCGUUGCGGCUCAUCUCGCCGUCUCCCUCCUCCUCCUCAGUGGAGAAGACCUGCACCAGGUGA